CGAGCGGCGGCGGCCGGAGGGACGAUGAGCGGCGCGGCGCGGGCGGGCCCGGCCCGGCUCGCCGCGUUCGCUCUGCUGACCUGCAGCCUGUGGCCGGCGCGGGCGGACAACGCGAGCCAGGAGUACUACACUGCGCUUAUCAACGUGACGGUGCAGGAGCCCGGCCGCGGCGCCCCGCUUACAUUCCGCAUCGACCGCGGGCGCUACGGACUCGACUCGCCCAAGGCCGAGGUCCGCGGCCAGGUUCUGGCGCCGCUGCCUAUCCAUGGAGUUGCUGAUCAUCUGGGCUGUGAUCCUCAAACACGGUUCUUUGUCCCUCCUAACAUCAAACAGUGGAUUGCCUUGCUGCAGAGGGGAAAUUGCACCUUUAAAGAGAAAAUAUCACGGGCUGCUUUCCACAAUGCAGUUGCUGUCGUCAUCUACAAUAAUAAAUCCAAAGAGGAGCCAGUCACCAUGACUCAUCCAGGCACUGGAGAUAUUAUUGCUGUCAUGAUUACAGAAUUGAGGGGUAAAGAUAUUUUGAGUUAUCUGGAGAAAAACAUCUCUGUACAAAUGACAAUAGCUGUUGGAACUCGAAUGCCGCCAAAGAACUUCAGCCGUGGUUCUCUAGUCUUCGUGUCAAUAUCCUUUAUUGUUUUGAUGAUUAUUUCUUCAGCCUGGCUUAUAUUCUACUUCAUUCAGAAGAUCAGGUACACAAAUGCCCGGGACAGGAACCAGCGUCGUCUUGGAGAUGCAGCCAAGAAAGCCAUCAGCAAAUUGACAACCAGAACAGUGAAAAAGGGUGAUAAGGAAACAGACCCAGACUUCGAUCAUUGUGCAGUCUGCAUAGAAAGCUAUAAACAGAAUGAUGUUGUCCGGAUUCUGCCCUGCAAGCAUGUUUUCCACAAAUCCUGCGUGGAUCCCUGGCUUAGUGAACAUUGUACCUGUCCUAUGUGCAAACUUAAUAUUUUGAAGGCCCUGGGCAUUGUGCCAAAUUUACCGUGUACUGAUAAUGUAGCAUUUGACAUGGAAAGGCUCACCAGAACCCAAGCAGUUAACCGAAGGUCGGCCCUAGGUGAGCUCGCCAGUGACAACUCCCUUGGCCUCGAGCCACUUCGCACUUCGGGGAUCUCGCCUCUUCCUCAGGAUGGCGAGCUCACUCCUCGAACAGGAGAGAUCAACAUCGCAGUAACAAGCGGUCACUUCUUUCAUCGGAACUCUCUGUCCCCUCGAAGCCUGGUGUACGAAAGUGAAUUCUCCACACUUGAACCAUCUUUGGACAUGUAUGAUGAGAACAAAACCUGAUUUUUAAGUGGACUGUCACUUCCUUUUGAUUUAUGAUCACCUUUCUUGUUUUGUAUUCUUCUGUCAGUGUCCAUUUUGGGAGAAUGGCAGUGCUUUCCAGGCACAGGUUGGGGCUCAGGGUUACAAAGUCCCCCAAGGUGAGGCUUUGAGGGCAGCUUUAUUGCCUGGGCGGCCUCACGGCACGGAAAACCUCCCCAAAGCUGGCCACUGAACAUGGCCCCAAGAAGCCUGGCUGUUUCCAGAGAAGAGGCAGGGCCCAGGGGUUAGGAUUGCUUUGCCAAUGGGCUCUGAAUAAUCACAUGCUCUUCUGUGUUGGAGUGAUGCUGGGGUUUUUUAAAUAACUUUUGUGCUCCCCACUUAUAAAGCAUACUAAAGCCUAUAGGCGCUGCUUCUUACUGCUGCAGGGCACAAGUUGCUGCUCCGUGGACUGCUCUGCAUUUUCCUGUCUCUUACUUUACUUCCUGUUUAAGGGUCUCCUUCUAAAGUUUCCUAAUAGAAAGCCUUGUCUUUUGUUCCUCCUCUGAAACUGACCCUGAGCGCUGCAGUGGAGCGGCAGGCUGAGCAGGGUGGGGAGCUGUUCGUGUUGUUGCUGGCCUCCCUAGUAGAGCAUGGUGUAAGGUGACCAGUGCUUCUGUGACCACUGAGACACGGAAGGUCCUGUCCCUGAGGCCGGUGGACCUGUCUUCUUGGCAACUGCUAAGGUGUAUGGGGGGGGGGUGCUGAGGAGGCCAGCUGGGCAUGGUGCCCUCUGGGUGAUGGCCAGUGGUUGUCAAAAUCAAAAAGCUCAGAGUGCUUUCUUGAGAAAAAUCAACCACCUCCUUGCUGUGAGACACCACAUAAGCACCCCUCUUAAGUCUCUACCCACCAGCCCAGUCCCCUCCCGUCAGCCUCAGCUGAAGCACGAAGCAAGCCCAGGAGCUCACGGCAUUGCGGACAUCAGAGACACACGUGUUCCUCCCACGUUCAAGUUAACAUCUCAAGAAACACUUAUCUCCAGAGUGCUCCCAACACAGAACCACAGUGAGCUAACUGAUAAAACUGACUGCACAUCCUUUUUGCUCAAGAACACACCAUAGUUCAGCCUGUUUCUCCUGUGGAUGUGAGCUACAUAGAGAUGGACAUGUAAACCCUCAGCUCCUGUGUGAGACUGGUAACUUCAGCUCCAUGUGCCUGGGAUUUGAUCUGGCAGCACGCCACGCAGACCUGCCCUGUUAUUCGUAUUGACUCUGUAGGACAGAGUUUAAGGGGAACACUUGCCAUCUCUCCUGUGAAGCUGGCUUCUCCUGCUGUGAUGUGUUGCUCCGAUGCCUCAGACACAGUGGUGUCUGGAACGAAACCCCUCAGACAACCAGGGUGUGAUGUCACCUCCAAGUGACCAGCAGCAUUUGAGGAUGGAGCAGUGCAGAGUUAACAGCUUUUUCUUUUUACCUUUAACCAAGGGCUUUUAUUUGGUUUUCCUUUGUACUCUAGUCUUUGCACUAUAAAAAUAUUUUUGAUAAACA